AUGAGAUGGACAGAGGAGCACGACAUUGUGUUAUGCCGGGAGGUUUUAGUAGCACAACCAUACCAAUAUAGACCACAGUCAGCAGAAAGAGGAAGUGCAUGGACAAGCAUUGCAAAUGAGCUUAAUGCAGUUCAAGAAAUACGCUUCUGUGUUACCCAAAAAGCUGUACGAGACAGAAUGAAGCUUUUGGUUGAACGCCAUAAAAAGAAAACAAGAGAAGAAGAAUCAGCCAGUGGUAUUUCUCCAGAAGAGUCAGAGAUUGAUGAAGCACUCGAUACAAUAAUUGAGUUGAUUGAUGAUGCAGAACAACAUUUUGAGAAGGCAUGGCCAGAAAUUCAGGACAACAUGGCGAUUUGCAUACGCAAUGUACUUCCUCAUUCAUUAUUCAAGAUGGCCGAUUUAUAUAGAUUAGGUAUUGCAAAUGUAUGUUUUAGCAAUUUCCAACGUUUUUCGUACAUAAAUCCGAGCUCUGCACGUCGAAAACAUCAUUUAAAUACUCGAUCUUGUAACCGAACAAAUUUCAAAACAGUUCAAAUGGGGCAAACCAGUUCCCGAGAACUAUAUUCCUACCUUAUCUCAUCACAUAUACCAGAUAGUUAA